GUGGGGUUUCUGUUGGCGCCUCCUAUAUGUGCGUUCUUGGGUUGAGGUGGUGCGGUUAUCCCUCUGGGGUAGUGGAUGACACUGGGAAUCUAAGUUCAUUUCAAGGCAUUCGAAAUGGGGAAAGACUAUUAUUGCAUUUUGGGAAUUGAAAAAGGAGCUUCAGAUGAAGAUAUUAAAAAGGCUUACCGAAAACAAGCCCUCAAAUUUCAUCCGGACAAGAACAAAUCUCCUCAGGCAGAGGAAAAAUUUAAGGAGGUCGCAGAAGCUUAUGAAGUAUUGAGUGAUCCUAAAAAGAGAGAAAUAUAUGAUCAGUUUGGGGAGGAAGGGUUGAAAGGAGGAGCAGGAGGUACUGAUGGACAAGGAGGUACCUUCCGGUACACCUUUCAUGGCGAUCCUCAUGCCACAUUUGCAGCAUUUUUCGGAGGUUCCAACCCCUUUGAAAUUUUCUUUGGAAGACGGAUGGGUGGUGGUAGAGAUUCUGAUGAAAUGGAAGUAGAUGGAGAUCCUUUUAGCGCCUUUGGAUUCAGCAUGAAUGGAUAUCCAAGAGACAGGAAUUCUGUGGGGCCAUCCCGCCUCAAACAAGAUCCUCCAGUUAUUCAUGAACUUAGAGUAUCACUUGAAGAAAUAUAUAGUGGUUGUACCAAACGGAUGAAGAUUUCUCGAAAAAGGUUAAACCCUGAUGGAAGGAGUUACAGAACUGAGGACAAAAUUCUCACCAUCGAGAUAAAAAAAGGGUGGAAAGAAGGUACCAAAAUUACUUUUCCAAGGGAAGGAGAUGAAACACCAACUAGUAUUCCAGCAGACAUUGUUUUUGUCAUUAAAGAUAAAGAUCACCCAAAAUUCAAAAGGGAUGGAUCAAAUAUAAUUUAUACUGCUAGAAUUAGUUUACGAGAGGCAUUGUGUGGCUGCUCAUUUAAUGUGCCAACAAUGGAUGGAAGAACCAUACCUAUGACAAUAAAUGAUAUUGUGAAACCUGGAAUGAGGCGAAGAAUUAUCGGAUAUGGGCUACCGUUUCCAAAAAAUCCUGAGCAACGUGGUGACCUUCUAAUAGAAUUUGAGGUGUCCUUCCCAGAUACUAUAUCCUCAUCAUCCAAAGAAGUACUUAGGAAACAUCUUCCUGCCUCAUAGAAUGAAAAACUUUGUUACCCAUAUUUUGAUAAGGCACUGAAAAUAUAAAAGGACUGGCCAUUUACUGAUGUAGAUGUGAAUUCUGUAUAAAGACAUGUAAAUUAUUUCGAGGGUUCAUUAAAUUGCAUGAAUAGAGACGGGUCAAAUAAAAAGGCAAAAGGGAUUUUUACAGUUAGAGAAGAAGAGAAAACCAUUCACUGUAUUUUAUUUCAUUUCUCCCGAAUCAGAAAAUUUUAGUAUUUUGCUUACAUGUAAAACUUGUUUCUGUGGAGUUAGUAGAUAUAUUUCUAAUAAAGUACUAGGAUAUCCAAGUACUUUAUUUCUUAUAUCUUUACAUUAUCAGUAUGAUAGGUUCUCAUUUAUAAUGGAAAUUUAAAUUCUUAACAAAACUAUACAUGUGAAAGGUAUUUCUAGAAAAUAAAAACCCAAGUCACUUGGAAAUCUGGUUAACUAGAUUAAAGUCACCAUAUGAAAUGCUGCUAUAGGGCUGGUACCCAUAAAAGAAUAUCCUAAUACAUAUGUUUCACCAUUUUGAUUUUUAAAGUAUGCUGUAGCGUUUCUUAAUAACAUAGUUGUAAUGUUCUUAAGGCAGACCUUUCUUCAUAAAAAGGAUAUUAAUGGCAAUUUAUCUCCUGUGGAAAUCCCAAUUGGCCUGAAUUACUGAUAUUUUAGAAAUAGGUUGUUUUUAAAAUGCCAUAUAUAAUUUUAUGCAAGUUGAGUAUAUAUCUUGGACUUAAUAAAUUAUAGGUACAUUUUAUUGUCCACUAGUUAAAAAUAAUUUGUUUGAUAAUAAAUGUGUUUUUAGAGGAAAUAUUGUUACUUGGAAUUAAUUUUCCAAUUACACAGCCUUCUAUAACUUACUCAUAAUAUGCUAUAUGUACCAUAUGCAAUUUCCCUAAAAAGAAUAAACUACCACUAUGGUGUUAAACCAAAAUAUGGGGAAAAUAAACACUAACUGCUGCUUAUGAAUGAUGUUGCUACUACUUGUUAUGCAUAUAAAUAUUUUACUUUUUCAUAUGUAUAGAUUGCAUUC